CAGGUCCGUAUACGUACUCCACGCGGCCGGCACACUUCUAUCGGACUCAGUUAAUUGCGGAGAAGAUCGCGUACGUUUUUGGCUAUGUUAUACUUAUAACCGAUCAUUGCCUAGCUGUUAUCAAACUCGCUGAUUUGUAUAUUCGCAUUGAGCGCUCAGUGCAGUGCCGUCAUCGGUCGGGUCGCGGGAGGAUGUUGUCGUUGGAGCAAUUGUCGCAAAUGGUAAAGGAACACCUCGGACUGUGCGAAUAUGUAGACGAUCUGCAAUAUACGUGCAAAUGGAUGGUUAGCGAAUCUCCCUUCGGUGGACGAGGCCUGUUCGCCACCGAGGAUAUAAUGCCAGGCGAAGUGCUGUUCGUUGACCGACCUCUCAUAUAUGGCCCUCGAGCUGGAAGCGCCGUCGAACAAGGCUGUACGGUGUGCGGAAAACUAGACAUUGAUACUUUAUACAAGUGUUCAAAGUGUUUAUUGUUAUUGUGCUCUGUUCAGUGUCAGAAUACUAACGUUCAUUUAAACGAUUGUGGUAUAAUAUCCCGCUGGAAUAUCAAUACGCCUGUCGAGGAUGUUGACGGCAUCUUACUGUCUCGCGCUUUAACACCCAUCCGAGCACUAAUGUUGAAUAAUUACCAAAGAAUAUUUAUGUCAUGUCUACAGGCACACGAUUUACCUCAACACGGAACAGAAAUAAGAAAUUUGAAACAAUAUUAUGACAUACCAGAAGAAGAAGAGCAGCUGAUGAUAUUAGCCUGUUGUGCGUUAGACACGAAUGCAUUUCAAAUUGCCACUGCGUACGGUAAAAAGGAAAUGAGUAUGCGUGGAUUGUAUCCUGUGUCGGGAUUGAUGAAUCACAAUUGUGUUCCAAAUACGAGAUACUAUUUCAACAGUGACCUUCAAAUGACGGUAAAAGCAGUAAAGCCUAUAAGAGCGGGGACAGAAAUAUUUUCCUGUUACUCUGGGCUCUUAUGGGGAACGCCAGCGCGUCGUACUCACCUUUAUAAAACAAAACAUUUCUGGUGUAAAUGUGACCGAUGUGCUGAUCCUACUGAACGAGGAACCCUCCUCGGUGCCCUGAAGUGCUUCUCAAAUCAAUGUUCAGGAUAUCUGCUACCCAUAGAGCCACUGAACUGCUCAAGUUCCUGGCGAUGUUUGCAGUGUAACAUGCGAGUUCCAAUCAAAAAUAUUUGCGCCAUCCAGGGUGCCCUCGGAAGUCUCAUGGGGACAUUAAACUUUGAGAGUGUACCAGAUUUAGAAAGUUUUUUAGUUAAUCGAAUAUCAAAGUAUAUUCCGAAGACGAACCAAAUAGUGAUCGAUCUUCAGUGCCGCCUAAUCUGUGCGUUUGGAGAGGUCGAAGGAUAUCGUUGGCACGAGCUGUCGGAGUCUCGUCUGGCGCUGAAAGAGAACCUGUGCCGCGGCACUCUGCGCACGUUGGCGGCGCUGGGCGUGGGCGACGCGCACCUGCGCGGCCUGCUUCUGUACCACCUGCACGCCGCGCUGGCAGAGCGCGCUCGGCGCUCGCCAGACCUGUAUGAGGAAAUAAAAUCUGAAAUCGAGAGUACCAUAGAACAAGCCUACAUAAUCCUCCAAGGCGACAUUUCCGCGCCCCCAGAUCUAGAACUGAGGCGCCGGUACCUUGGCCCAGGCUGUGAUAAACCCCAAGAAGAAAGAUUCUUCAUCCUCGAUGCUUAAUAAGUGCUGAACAUGUGAUAGAUAAAUAUUUUUAUAUGUUAUUUUAUUUGUGUCUAUGUAGGUAGUGUGUAUAAAAAUCUAAAAUAUCUAUGUAGUCACGCAGGUACCUACCUGCCUGUCUUAUAAAAAAAAUAUACAAAAGAUACCUUAUUAUACAACAAAGAUAGCCGACUGGAAAAGUAAAUGAUACAAAAUGAUCAAA